AUGCAAUUUCAACUAAUCAUCCUUCUGCUCCUUGGUGAGUUGCUCAGUUACACCAAAGAUCAAGGGGAAUGCAUCAUGGGUGCCUGCCGUGCCCCUACUGGCAACGUCCUUGUGGGCCAUGGUGCACAGCUUGCAACAUCUUCCAUCUACCUGCUCAGCAGAAUCCAAAAAUACUGCAUCCUCAGCUAUCUUCCGGGGGAACAAAAAUGCUUCAUCUGUGACUCCAGAUUUCCAAAUGAAUCAUACACCCCUCACAGCCACACUAUUGAGAAUGUAAUUACAAGUCUCAAGUCAGAUAGAGAAAUGAAAUGGUGGCAAUCUGAAAAUGGUCUUGAUCAUGUCAGCAUCAGACUGGACCUAGAAGCAUUGUUUCUGUUCAUCAACCUUAUUCUGAAAUUUAAGAUACAGUCAUAGAGUUUUGCUACCUUUCAGCCUGCUGCGAUGUUAGUCGAACAUUUCAUAGACUAUGGGCAUUCCUGGAAAGGGUUCAAGUAUUUGACAAAGGACUGUGCUGCUUCCUUCCCCAAUAUCACAUCUGGCCAGGCUCAGGGAGUUGGAGUUCUUGUUUGUGACUCCAAAUACUCGAAUAUUGAACUCUCAACUGGUAGUGAUGUAGCAAGACUUAGAAGAGUAUCACUGCACAACUGCAUGGAAAUUGCUUCAGAAAUAGGAUUUCAGGUGCUCCCUGUUGUGUGUGAAAAGCUUAUUGUCAGCUGGUCUGCUCUGCUACACAAUGAGGCUGUAGCCUGUCACUGUCACCCCAGGACUCAGUGGGGUCUUGCUGCACUUGGAGGCCAGUGCCAGUGUCAACCUCAGGUAACUGGACACAGCUGUGGCAAGUGUUCACCAAGGAGCUACAGCCUUGGUUAUUAUGGUUGUUAUGCAUGUCACUGCUACCCUCAAAGCUCAAAGAGCACUGUGUGUGACCAAGUAACAGGACAGUGCUUCUGCCACAGAGAGGUGACUGGUCACCAAUGUGAUCAGUGCCUGGCAGUUUACUUGGGAUUUCCCAACUGCCAUCCUUGCCUUUGCAAUGGUUUUGCUGAACUGUGUGACCCAGAGACAGGGUUCUGCUUUAAUAUACAAGGCUUUUCAAUGGGAAGAAGCUAUGAAAGAUGCAUGGAUGGUUACUGUGAAAAUCCUGCUUCAGGACAUCCUUGCCGGAGUCCAGAUGUUCUCUCAAGCAACCAGUAUUUUGCCUACUACUGUUAUCAGUGUCCUUGGAGCUCAGGUGUCAUAUGCAAUUGUCAUCAAGGUUACACAGGGGCACGGUGUGAAGAAUGUGCUCCUGGAUUCUAUGGAAAUUUGAGAACUGCGGGAACCCUUGCCAGCCCUCAACAACAAUAUUGAUGUAAAGGAUGUGGGAUCAGCCAAGUGACAGGGAAAUGUCUUAGAUGUCUGCAUAAUACUCGAGGCCUCAACUGCCAGCUCUGCGAACCACGGUACUUUGGUUCAGCCUUCAAUCAGCCUUCAAUCAGAAGUAAGUUUGCAAAACUUCCUGAUGCUGCAGAUCUCCCCAAGGAUGGAGAGCAGGAAUAUGGCAGCGAAGUGGUGGCAGCUCUCUCAGGCUCUUUUCAGCGAGGCCUGUAG